AUGCCUCGUCCUCAGCAUCGUCUUUGGCUCGUCGUCAACCUCAUGUCCACUUGGAUCAUAACAUAUAUCCAGGGAGCCAGAUAUGACAUGGAUCGCGAAGGACGGGACGUUCUGGCCGCUGGAUCUCCUACCAGCUGCACUCGUGCAAACAUCCCGGUCGACGGAUACAAUGCAGACGUCUUCUUCAAAGGAGACCAAGACCUCCAAUCUUACCGCCUUCUUGAUCAAGUCGUAUUAUGA